AGGUGGUUCUCCGUUCAGUUCGACCUCUGGUGCCGAGGGGCUGAGCCAUGACCUGACUCCCAGCUGAAGGACACACACAACUCCCUACAUCAUGUAUGCUUGUGCGAAGUUCGUCUCUACCCCUUCUCUGAUCCGUGCUGGGUCCAGGGCCCUGUGCAGACCAAUCUCUGCAUCAGUUCUGUAUCGGCCCGAGGUCCGAACUGGAGAGGGAAACACACUCCUCAGUGGGACACAAAACCCAUGCACCCAGCUGGUACUAAGGGGAUUUCAGACCAGUGCAGUCAGCAGGGACAUUGAUACUGCUGCUAAGUUCAUUGGUGCUGGUGCUGCCACAGUCGGUGUGGCUGGCUCUGGUGCUGGUAUUGGAACAGUCUUCGGCAGUCUCAUUAUUGGUUGUGCCAGAAAUCCUUCCUUGAAGCAGCAGUUGUUCUCAUACUCCAUCUUGGGAUUUGCUCUGUCUGAAGCUAUGGGUCUGUUUUGUUUGAUGGUUGCUUUCCUGAUCUUAUUCGCCAUGUAAAUGAUGCUGGGAAUGUCGACAUUCGAGUGAACAGCUGUAAAAUAUUUUACUGUGGCUCCCAAGAAAUGUUGUGUUGUCAAGGAAAUGUACCAUAUUUCCAAAGUCCUUUCAUUAAAAAUGGUAAAACUUAGAUACAGAA